GAGCAGCAGUCGGCGGCACGCGACCUAGCCACAGAGCGGCGCAGCGCCGGCAGAGUGCAGCAUAGAAGACGCAGACGUCGACAUGGCCGGCUGCUGGCUGUUCCUCGCAGCUAUUACCGGGCUCCUGCUGGCAGCCGCCGCCGCAUUCGCCGCCGCGGUCACUCCACAGGGGCAGGCGGUGAAGGCCGCUCCUGGUUCCUCAGUACGGGUGGACUGUGCCAGUGGCAGCAGCGCCUCUAGCGGCGGCGGCUGGAACCCGCUCGGCACGCUGUCCAACCUCCUGCUGGGGUACAGCGACGAAGAAGAUGACGAUGACGACAAUGAUGACGGCUCCAGCGGCGAACGUGCUGGCUCUGACGAGGACUACUACUCCUGGAUGGACCUGGGCCUGGGCUUCCUUGACGACUCCAGCAGCGAGGAGGCAGCCAGGCGAGAGCACAACCUACCUGGCGAGGCGGGCAGCAAACCCCUGGGAAAUGGCGAGGUGGUCAACAACUCGCUGGGGACUGGUGAGGUGGCCAACCGAACCCUGGCUCGCCACAGGAGGGCCACGCCCAGUUGGAGUCUAGGUGACAUAGACGUGCAGGGGGGCAAGAACUGGUCGGUGCGCGUCUUCAACUGGGUGCUGGUACGGCGCAACCCGGCGACUGGCCAGGUGGAGGUGAAGCUGCAGGUCCCGGGACUCUUCUCCUCCCCUGCUGGCGGCAGCGGCGACUACGAUGACGACGUCGACGUCGACGCGAGCGACAGCGGACGCGAAGCGAGAUCGACGCGCCUCGAAGAAGGUGUUGCCAGACACCCAGAGGACGUCUCCAGCGGUGUGUCGUCCCCAGAGUACUCCCAGAGUGGCGCCAGCUGAGGGCGACUUCUCCAGGUGGGAAACCACCAGCAGGAAGACGCAAGCCAGCCGGGACACGUUCGUGUGGAGAGUCAUUAAUUCAUUUCCAACUGCUUGGGAAUGACACACAUUUACUUGGCCUGUACACUAAUGAACGGUACCAAAAAAGCAUUGUCCUAAAAUGUAAAAAUUUUAUACAUGUCUACAUUAAUGCAAUACUGUACUUUGUUUUGACAGCCUGGAUGAGACAAAAAAAAAAUUCAAGUUGUAGUUCUCUGAUUGAAGUUUGUUGUAUUUUGAUUUAAAAUACUUUUACCGUGUACAUAUAUGUUUCAUUGUAUUUAUAUAUACUGUUUAUGACCUCGUUAGUUAGUUACAGACCCCAUAACUUAUCAAUAUAAUAAACCUUGUUAGACAAAAUGUAUGAUAAGUGCAACUGUUAUACUUCAGUAAAAUUUAUAGACGUUGUUUUUAGUUAAAAACACUUCUAAAAGUUUAAGUAUUAUGUACGACAACAUUUUCGUCAUUGACCCCAUUUUCCCCGUAACUUCUAGCUUCACUCAAAAGAGUACAUACAUUUGUUUAAGCUAUAAAAGGUUUUUGUCGCAUGACGACUGCGUGCGGCUCCUGUAUACUCUUUGACCUUGCUGUAAAUAAUCCGAUGCUCCCUCCUGUUUUUGAACAGAAUGGUGGACGAUAUUAUUAUGUGUAGACUCACCACGAAGCCAGUUUCUGAAGAAUCAUUUUCACCUGUUACUUACCAGUAAACUUAGUAAGGUGUCCUGUAACCUGCCAGUUAUAUGAAAUGUUGUCGCAAUAAGGUGUCGUAUUUUGAUCCUGUAUACAGAUGGUAUAAAUAACUGAAGGACUGUCCAUGUCCCAUAAUUAGCCCGCAUGGUGCUUGGUUGAAAAGUCCUUGACGCUCUGACGCUACGCUAGGCUAGAUCGUUCCUCGAAUAGCACGCUCUUCCUUUAAGGGAAAAUAAAGAAUAACCCCUGCCAAGAGCCACAAAAGCUCACGUCUGUUUCAUUUCUUUUAGCCAUGUUGACAGUUGUUGUGGGGAACAAAAGUGUAGUUGCAUAAGUAGGAGUGAAAAACAAUGUGUUCAUUAAUAUUAACACUAAUCUUGUGUACAUAUCGUGUAAACUAACUCGUUCCGCAUCAUUUCGAUAAAAGAUUUCGUUCAAAUGAUCUAUAGGACAUGCAACUAAUUGACCAACUGAGCAAUUUUUGUCAGUUAUCGGUUCUGAUUGUUUCAUGUAAGCCCUGUAUAAUGUUUCCUGGAGAAUGUCUAUCUUAAUAUUCGUUAGUGAUCAAAUAUUUGAGUAUUAGAUUAGAUUAGAUUAGAUUAAUACUAGUUCCAUGGAUCAUGAAUACGAUAUUUCGUAAUGAUGUGGAACGAGUUAAAUUUUCCAAU